AUAAUCAAGAUUCUAUUGUAUAAUGUAUCGCAGAUCCGCGAGUACGAGGAGCUGAAGAUGGAGGCGUCGCGGCAGGCGGCGCGUUACCUGCAGGAGCUGGACUCCGUGAACCGCGAGCAGAAGGCCGACCAGGACCGCCUGGACAACGAGCUGCGCCGCAAGGGCGAGUUCGAGAACAAACAUCGACAGAAGGGCCAUGAACGUAACGAAGCCAUGAAGAGGGUGGAAAAACUAAACGAGCACAUCAAGAGCUCGGAGCAAGCGUUGGAAGAGCAGCGGCGAUUGAGGGCCGAACUACAGGCCGACGUGGGCGAGUGCCGCGGACGCGCGGCCGAGUUGCAGGCGCAGCUGGAAGACGUGGCGGGGCAGCUGGGCGACGCGCGCGUCGACAAGCACGAGGAGGCGCGCCGCCGCAAGAAGCAGGAGAUCGUCGAGAGCUUCAAGCGGGACAUACCCGGCGUGUACGACCGCAUGAUCAACAUGUGCCAGCCGACGCACAAGCGUUACAACGUGGCCAUCACCAAAGUGCUGGGCAAGUACAUGGAGGCCAUCGUGGUGGACACCGAGAAGACGGCGCGUCGUUGCAUCCAGGUCCUCAAGGAGCGGAUGCUGGAGCCCGAGACCUUCCUGCCGCUGGACUACAUCCAGGCCAAGCCGCUGCGGGAGAGGCUCAGGGACAUCAAAGAGCCGAAGAACGUAAAGCUGCUGUUCGACGUGCUGCGCUUUGAGCCGCCCGCCAUCCACCGCGCCGUGCUGUUCGUGACCAACAACGCGCUGGUCUGCGAGACGCCCGAGGACGCCUCGCGCGUGGCCUACGACCUCGACCGCAUCAAGAACUCGCGAUACGACGCGCUAGCUCUGGACGGCACGUUCUACCAGAAGUCCGGCAUCAUCUCGGGUGGCUCCUUGGACUUGGCGCGCAAAGCCAAGCGCUGGGACGAGAAGCACCUUUCACAGUUGAAGGCCAAGAAGGAAAAACUGACAGAAGAACUUCGCGAGUCGAUGAAGAAAUCGCGUAAGGAGUCGGAGCUGACGACGGUAGACUCGCAGAUCCGCGGUCUCGAGUCGCGUCUCAAGUACGCCAUCACCGACCGCGACACCACGUUGAAACAAAUAAAAGCUCUCGACGCGGAGCUUGCAGAGCUUGAAAGGAAAAUGGAUAAUUUUGGUCCGCAAAUCGAGAGCAUCGAGCACACGAUCCUGGAGCGCGACGCCAAGAUCCAGCAGGUCAAGGAGAACAUGAACAACGUCGAGGACGUCGUCUUCCGCGGCUUCUGCAGGGACAUCGGCGUCGCCAACAUCCGGCAGUACGAGGAGCGCGAGCUGCGCGCGCAGCAGGAGCGCGCCAAGCGCCGCAUGGAGUUCGAGGCGCACAUCGACCGCAUCGCCUCCAACCUCGAGUUCGAGCGCUCGCGCGACACGCAGAAGAACGUGACUCGCUGGGAGCGCACGGUGCAGGACGGCGAGGACGAGCUGGAAGCCGGACGCCAGGCGGAGGCCAAGCAGCGCCAGGACAUCGACCGCGAGCUCAAGCGCGCCGACGCGCUGAAGGCCGACCGCGCCGCCGCGCGCGCGCGCUCGCAGGCCGCCGACGACGCGCUCGAGAAGGCGCGUAAAGAGGUGCAGACGCUGCAAAAGGAAGUGGCCGGUAUUCAGAAGCAGAUCGCCGCCACUGAGGCGCGCAUCGAGAGCAAGCGCUCCGACCGACACAACAUCCUGCGGCAGUGCAAG